GGAAUUAUGGUAACUGGUGUCACAUAUUACUUUCAAACAUGGGUCAUAGAGAAAAAAGGACCUGUGUUUCUAGCCAUGUCAACCCCACUGGCUCUUAUCAUUACAAUUUUCGCCUCUGCAACUGUCUUUGGUGAGAUGAUCAGUUUGGGAAGUGUUCUUGGAGGAUUCGUGUUGAUUCUAGGACUGUACAGCGUGUUGUGGGGAAAGAACAGGGAACAUAUGCCAAAAGGCACACAAGACGUGGAGGCAUCGGAAAGAGACAAGGCUAGCGAGACAAUCUCGGCAUGUUCUGGCCUAACCUCAAAUCUCCCAAAACUGUCCUCUUCAAACGACGUCGUUACUGAUAUAAAAAAAGGCCAACAACCCUCAAAGAAUCACAUAAAAUUCAUUACACGUCAAAAGCGUGCUGAUGCAAAGAAAGCUCUAAAUAGUCUUCUUUGCAAUAGUGGAUCCUCUAAAUUUUCAUUUGAGAACAAGUACGAAGGCCAAGGUAGGCAUUCCAAUAAAGAUCAACCAAAGUCUGGUCAGCGGUCUGGUGGAAAAUCACAAAAGAAAACUAAACGAAAAAUCAGAAGAGAAAGUUUCUCCGAGGACUUUGAUGGCCAUCCUGAGCAGAUAUUCCAGGCUACAUAUGGUAACAAAUGGUAUACGUGGUCCUUUAGCAAUUGGAGUGGUUCUUCUUCUGAGCAUUCCACGUCUGGGUUUGAAUGGAGGGAACAUUCAAAUAGGACAAACAAGUGGAAAAAAAAUGAAAGUGAUCUUGAGCAUGAUGAUGAUGACUCAUGUUUUGUAGGAUCAAGUUCUGAUAGAACUAUUCUUGGUCUUCCUCCAACAGGUCCAUUAAAGAUUGAAGAUGUUAAAAAUGCUUUUCGGAUAUCAGCUUUAAAAUGGCAUCCUGACAGGCAUCAAGGCUCUUCCCAGGCAAUGGCUGAAGAAAAAUUUAAACUAUGUGUAAAUGCAUACAAAACAUUAUGCAAUGCUCUCGCCCCAUCUUAG